AUGGCCGAAUCGCGAUCCUUCCUCCCCGGGUCACGACGCCUCAUCUUCCUUUUGCUCCAUGUGGCCUGCGUCUUCUUCUUCCCCGCCGCUACAUCAACUAACCAGCCCCCAGCAGAGAGAAGAAAGACGUCGCCCUCUGCGAGCUCCGCUGCAAAAUCCCACGGGUCCUCUUCCGUCAGAUCCUACCUCCGGCACGUCCUCUCUUUCUAUCGGUCGAACAACAAACAGGAGCAAUCGCGUCCCACAUCUUUUCCCAUCUCCCCGUCGUCCUCUCUGCACAAGCAACUGCGUCAUUACCUCGUCUAUCCCGAAAGGACAGAGUCCGUCGAUCAGAAGACGAUCUCACGACCCGUCGGAGUUGCCAAGGAUGCUGCUGCGGGCUCUGUCAAGCGGUCGUCCUUCACCUCGCGGGCAGACGUCUUUCCCUGCGUCUCGUGCGGGGAGAUCUUUAACAAGGUGCACAUCCUUGACCUUCACCAGGCGACGAAGCACGCCUUCUCCGAGCUCCUCGACGGCGACGCCGGAAAGAACAUCGUGCGUAUCAUAUUCCAGUCUGGAUGGAAAAGGAGCAGCAGAGGCAGCGAGGUCACGGCCCCCGCUAUCCAUCGCAUUCUGAAGAUUCAUCACUCCUCCAGGACCCUCGCACUGUUCGAAGAGUACCGGGAUGCGGUGCGGUCACGCGCGUUCUCAGCUAGCCGGGUGGACGGCAGCGGCGAGCGGUGCGCCGUGGACGGGAACGAGAGCCUCCGGUUCUACUGCGCGACGUUCCUUUGCCAACUGGGGCGCAACGGCAACACGGGCUCCUGCGGCAGCCCGUUCUGCACCGCUUGCUGGAUCGUCCGGCACGGAUUCUCCGGUAAGGAGGUGGAGGGCAUCUCCAUGCACGCUACCGGUAGCGGAGCCCACGCGUCGCUGCCGGAGGAGCUGGAAAGAGAGUUCGCGUUCAUGCGCGUGCGCCGGGCGAUGCUCGUUUGCCGAGUGGUAGCGGGGCGGGUGCGUCUUCGCAAGGCGGCGGCGGCGGCGGCUGAGGUAGGCGAGCAGGUGAAGGACCGAGGAUAUGACUCGGUGGUGGCAAGGGCGAGGGAGGAGGGCGAGCAGGUUGGUAUGGCGGACGAGUUACUCGUGUUUAAUCCGAGGGCGGCGCUACCCUGCUUUGUCGUCGUGUAUGGCGUAUGA